UACUACGACGUAGUAGUUAUUUGCAUUAUUGCAUUUGUUAUCUGCAAAAUUAUAAGUAUUUGAACUAUCUUGCAGUGUUGCACAUUAUAAAACAUUUGCAUACGUCUGCAAUUAAACUUAUUUUUUUCUAAACAUCUUCAUAUUUAAGAGCAAAAUGGUGACUGGGGGUAUGUCAUGUGUAAAAUAUCUGAUUUUCUGUUUUAAUCUUCUCUUUGCCCUCUCUGGUAUUGCGAUAUUGACCGUGGGAAUUAUUAUUCAAGGAAUCCAUGCUCAGUAUUCAAAUUUUUUGUACUCAAGCUAUGAAUCUAUUCCUCUAUUAUUAAUAAUCGUUGGAUUAGUGAUCUUUAUCGUAGCAUUCUUUGGAUGUUGUGGUGCUGUUAAAGAAAAUCAUUGCAUGAUCAUAACGUUUUCAGUGUUGCUUUUCGUUAUAUUGAUCCUUGAAAUAUCCGCUGGAAUUGUUGGAUAUGCUAAGAGAAGCGAGGUGGAACAAAUGCUCGAAAACAAAUUGAAUAGUACAAUGUUCGAAUAUUAUACCAAUCCUGACGUAAAAAAUACCUGGGAUAUUGCUCAGCAUGAGCUGGAAUGUUGCGGAAUGCGAGGCCCAAAUGAUUGGUACAGAGUAACGAAAAAUGAUUCGCUUCCCCACACCUGCUGUCCAGAUACUCAAAAUGAUGGUUCCUGCAAUAUUAAAUCUGCGAAUAAGUACAAGUCGUCCUGUUUUGAAAAAUUAGAAGCAGUGUUCGUUCAAUACGGAUCCAUUAUGGGAGGCAUUGGUAUCGGAAUUGCAAUAUCGCAGCUUAUCGGAGCAAUAUUUGCCUGUUGUCUGGCUCGUUCCAUUCGUAAGGAAUACGAAACUGUUUAAUCCACAUAAUCUGUUUGUGCACUGAAUUAUACAUAAUGUACCUUUUAGCAAAUAUUUAUAUGUUCUUUCUGCUGAUAUUUAUUUCGUAUUUAAAUGUUACGGUAAUUUUUUAUAUUAUCGCAAACUAAAAAGCGAAAAAAGGAAUCUCAUUUUUUUUUUAAAUUUCUCGUAAUUGUGUUCACUUAUUCAGACUGAGUUUUUGUUUGUUACGAAGCGAUUAUGUAAAGAAAUUAUGUUUACAUUUUAACUUUUUUUUUAAUAA